GGAUCUGGUCGUUCGCUACCUCCUGCCCUGCUUUGGACGGCAACUGCAAGUGCUUUAUUUUCAACUCUUUUCAGUCUUUAUUCUAUCAAUUCUCAAUUACGUGCUUAUCGUAAACCAGUUUUGCAAAGAUAUGUGGUUCGAUUGCUCUUGAUGGUUCCAAUUUAUUCUUUAUCUUCAAUGGCUUCUUUGUUUUCCCUUCAAGCUGCUUUUAUUAUUGACGUUAUACGUGAUGUCUAUGAAGGUUUCGUCAUUUGGAGCUUUUUUAGCUUAUUGGUCGAAUAUCUCGGCGGAGAACGUAGUUUGUUGAUUCUCGUGCAUGGAAGGAGACCGAUCCCACAUCCAUUCCCGAUCAACCUCUUCUUCAAGCCAUUAGACAUCUCCGACCCUUAUACCUUCCUAGGUCUCAAAAGGGGCAUUCUGCAAUACGUUCAAAUCAAACCAAUUUUAGCAAUCUUGACAGUCGUUUUGAAAAGUGUUGGCAAAUACGAUGAUGGUAAACUGGCUUGGGAUAACGGUUAUACCUGGGUUAGUGUGACCUACAACUUUUCGGUAUUUUUAUCACUUUAUUGUUUGGGAAUGUUUUGGGCUGGUUUAGCAGAAGAUUUGGCUCCUUUUCGUGUCACUAGCAAAUUUUUAUGUAUCAAAGGAAUCAUCUUUUUUAGCUUUUGGCAAGGCUUUGGCGUUUCAAUCUUGGUUGCAACUGGCCUUAUCAAACAAAUUGGACCUGUUCGAGAUGAAGAGUUUAUCUCGCUAGCCGUUCAAGAUAUGUUGAUCUGUUUGGAAAUGCCACUGUUUGCUUUGGGUCAUGCAUAUGCUUUCUCACCAAGAGAUUAUAUCGACCCUUUUAGUAGCUAUCAAUCCAGAUUGCCAGCUCUUUACGCUCUUCGAGAUGCGAUCGGAAUGUAUGAUGUCAUCAGUGAUAGUCUUACCACCAUUCGUGGAACAGGAUAUGGUUAUCAAACGUUCGAGCCAAGCGAAGGUGUAAUGCAUCAAAGGUUAGGUAGAGAACGUAGGGUGAGAGCAGGUUUACGAUAUACCCAAGGUGGAAAAGCGAAAUAUUGGCUGCCAUUACGAGGUACGCCAGAAGAAGUUAGGGAGAAUGCAGGUCUCAUGGCAAGACAUCAAGGUCCUGCAAAACAAUUCAGAAGAUGGCUAGAUAAAAAACGUGCAGAAAGGGAAGGAUACGCACCUUUACUACCGGAUGAAGCUGAAGACGUUGUACAUGAAAAUGAUCGCGCGUCUACUUCUUUGUUAGAUAAAGCACGACAAUGGGCAGUAGAUCAAGCUCAAGCAUCGUUGGAAUUCCUCGACAAUAUGGACAGGGAUGGCGAUGAAGAUGUUCACGCGGCAGCUUUAAACUUCUCAGACAUUGAAGAAGGAGAUGAAAUGGAGGUUCUAUAUGAGAAAAGUAGAGCCUUGACACAUGGAGAUUAUGCUUUCCCAAGCGUAGAUAUUCGAGAAGAAGAAGCAAGAAAGCGAAGAUGGGAAGAAGAUGAAAAUAUGCUAAAGCGAUACAAAGCACAAAAAGGCCAACGUAUGCGUGUAGGUCGUAUUUUGGGCGGAGGUGGAAAGGAUACGAAGACGGAUGAUUCUAGAAAUGAUGAUGAUCAAGGUGAGGGAAGUGGUUCUGGUCAUUCCAGUCCGAAUUCUUCGAAACCUGUCGGUGUAGUGGAUCUCUUGGUUGCUGAUAGUCAAGCAGAAGAACGUGAAAGGUUGCGUGAAAGAAGGAGAGGAGAUCCAGCCUUACGUGCCGGUCAACGAACAAGAAUAUUCCGAAGAGAAUGG